UAAUCCACAGUACAAAUUUCAUCAGAUUACAAGGAAAUUGAAAAACGAUACUAAUUUGUUAGUAUUUGUAUAAUGGAAUACUACAUAACAGAAGAGAUGAACUUCAUUUCUCAGCCUCAAACGGACCCUUAUGUGUUGGAGCUUAAUAGAUUGCAAAAUCAGCUUAAAGAGAAAGAUAAUGAGCUAGGUGAUGCACAUAAUGAGAUCAAGGCUUCGCGAGUAACUCAAGCGCUGCAGGAAAAGGCUAUAGAUGAGCUCAAAACUACAUGUAAUAGGUUAGACGAGAAACUGAGAGUCACAGAGAAUAUCCUGCAACAGAAGAAUCUAGAGAUGAAAAAAUUAGCAGAAGAGAAGAAGGAUGCAUUGGCUGCACAGUUCGCUGCUGAAGCAGCCCUUAGGAGGCUACACACAGACCAAAAAGAUGAUGACUUUUUACCAAUUGAUUCAAUCAUUGCUCCACUUGAAGCCGAGAUCAAGAUGUACAAAAAUGAGAUUGCAUCUUUACUAGAUGAUAAGAAAGCUAUGGAGCGUCUUACAAAGUCAAAAGAAACAGCUCUACUCGAGACAGAGAAAAUCUUGAGGAGUGCCCUCGAAAGAGCUUUGAUAGUUGAGGAUAUACAAAACCAAAACCUUGAGUUAAGGAGAAAGAUCGAAAUCUGCCAGGAGGAGAACAAAAUACUUGAAAAGACCAACCGUCAGAAAGUCGUAGAGGUUGAAAAACUUAGCCAGACUGUUCAAGAACUUGAGGAGGCUGUUUUAGCUGGUGGAGCUACUGCUAAUGUUGUUCGAGACUUUAAACGCAAAAUUUCUGAGCUCUAUGAGGAGAAGAGAAUUCUGGAGAGGGAGCUUGCACGAGCCAGAGUGUCAGCGAACAGAGUAGCAACAGUUGUUGCUAAUGAAUGGAAAGAUGAAAAUGAUAAGGUUAUGCCAGUGAAGCAAUGGUUGGAAGAGCGCAGGGUCAUGCAGGCAGAGAUGCAACGUUUAAGAGAUAAACUAGCUGUGACAGAAAGAACUGCAAAGGCAGAAGCGCAGCUAAAGGAAAAAUUCAAGCUGAGACUUAAGGUUGUAGAAGAAGGCCUGAAGCAUGCUUCAAGCAACGAGUGCACACCAAAAACCUCGAAUACUACUCAUCAGAUCCUGGGAUUUGUUACAAACAAUGGUGGAGCUAAGAAGAGAUCUUCAUCGCAGCCAAGAGCUUCAGUGAUCAAUAGUAGGAGCUCUCCACUUCACCAGCCUUGGAUGGAGAAAGUGAAUAGUUUGGAGAAUCAUAUUUCAAGAGAGAAUAUAUCCAAGAAAAGUUUAUGGGGAUCUAAGUCUAAGGCGAUGGGUGCAGAGUGUGGUGGGAAGGAAAACUCGGAGUUGAUUGCGAAAGCUGACAUGUCAAAGAACAAUAAAUCUGCAAUUCAAACAGAAAUAGAAAGUAAAGAUAUAGGGAAUGAAGAUGCAGUGUCAGGGUUUUUGUAUGAUAGACUUCAGAAAGAAGUGAUCAAUUUAAGGAAGACUUGUCAGGCCAAGGAUGAUGGAUUAAGUGCCAAAGAGGAAGAGAUUAAGAUGCUUAUCAAGAAGGUUGACACUCUGAGCAAAGCCAUAGAAGUUGAAGCAAGAAAAGUAAAGAAAGAACCAUCAGCUGGACAAAAGGCAAUAAUACCAGCAACAAUCGGUGAUAACAAGAAAAUUUGGGGCAGAAGUUUCCUUAAACGGGUCACAAAAUCCUAAUGAGGAUUCAAUAAAUUUGGGAACUUUGAGCUCAAGAAGUUAAGAUAUGGAGAUUUUCCUGUGCAUUUUUUUCAGUGUAUGUGAAGAAGGUUAUUGUGUCACGAGUCACAACAGCUAGCCUUAGAAAAACCGCCGUUAAUCGGUUGGAAGCUGAGAUACAUGACUCAACAAUGUGAUUUUGUAAAUUUUGAUUUCAUUUUGUUCUGUAAGUAAAAUUAUCAGAUAUACAUUUUACUUCUCUA